CUCUCUCUAGAUUUCUUUUCUCUCCCUACACUCCAUUUCGGAACAAUCCAGCUUCAGCUUGCUUACUCUACUGUUUCUCUCUCUACAUUUGUUAUCGGAAACUUGGAUAACUUUGACAAUGGCCACUCACGAGGAAAUCUCAGCUCUCCAAUUCAUUAGACAACACCUCCUAGGUGAAUUAUCUCCCGUGAGUUCGAGCUUCGUCUCCGAUGAAGUGAGCACCAGUGAUCUAUUCGAAUUUAUCCCAAAUUCCAUCACUUUCGAGCAAAUUCAAAAUGAUUUCUUUGGAUUCGAAUCAAAACCUCAAAUAAUCGAUCUCACCAGCCCAACGUCGUUGAAUUUGGACUGUCAAUCGAAUUCUGAGCAGAGAUUCAACGACCGCAGGCCUUCGUUGAAGAUCGAUGUGGCUCCGGUAAAGAAACUUGAAGUUUUGGAAUUAGCCGAGUCGACUCAGCCAUCGACGCUACCUUUGGAUACAGAGGAGGAGAGAGUAAACUACAGAGGAGUCUGGCGAAGGCCGUGGGGCAAGUACGCGGCGGAGAUCCGAGAUCCGAACCGGCGCAGGUCUAGGGUUUGGCUCGGCACAUUCAACACCGCCAUUGAAGCCGCCAAAGCGUACGAUAGAGCCGCAUUCAAGCUGCGUGGAAUCAAAGCUAUUCUCAACUUUCCACUCGAGGUCGGAGGGAAGUCGCAUGACACAUUCGCCGCCGUGGACGGCGGCCGGAAAAGACAGAGAGACGUGGAGGCAGAGGCGGAGCAAAAGCCGUUGAAGAAGGAACGGUUGCCGGAAUUUGACAAUCCUCAUCCGUUAACGCCGUCGUCUAUUUGUAAUGCCUUCUGGGAUGAAAACAUCAAUGGUAGCCUUACCGUCCCUCUCUUAUCGCCGUUAUCUCCCCACCCGCCGUUUGGUUAUCCUCAGCUCAUAGUCAUAUGAUAGUAUGAACAUCUGAAAUAUGGAGUGUAUAUAAAGGGAGGGGGCAUAAGAUACUGGUUUUUCAAAAAAUGGAGAUAUUUAAAUGUUGAUUCAGUUUAUUUAUUUUCUCAUAAUCAUAGAAUAAACCGGUUGAUUUCUUGGAACCACUUCUCUUUUCUUGCGGGAAAGACAUUCGAUACUGUGUAAAAUCAAGAUAACAAAUAGUGUUUUUUUUUUUUUUUUUUUUUUUUUUUUUUUUUUGGCUUCGCAAUA